AUGCCGCAUUCAUCUUCCGUGAUUCGGCCUGAGGCGACUGCUGUGGUGACCGGCAGCUUCCUAGCAGGGGCCAUGAUGAAUAUCUCGAUGCUGGCAAUUCCCGUCCUCAUCGACACUACGGACCAGCCUUCACAACUGAUCAAUCAGUGGGUCCGUGUGUACCACUAUGGGCACCGAGUUCUUCCUGGUAUUUCUAUCGCGACAUGCGGCCUGUACGCAUAUGCGGCAUUCCGCAAACGUUCCGCCGGCCGCCCGUGGGGCGUAUUUGCAGCUGCUGCCCUGACGACACUUACGAUGCUCCCGUUUACCUGGACCAUUAUUCAGCCGAUAAUUAAUACCCUAAAUGCAGCCCAGGAGGCGUGUAAAGCCGGGCAGGUAGUAGAAUGGGAUGAGGCACUGGCUCUGGUCACCACAUGGACAGCGAUGCAUACCACACGGGCUCUCUUUCCUCUGACAGGGGCAAUUAUAGGCAUAUGGGGUAUGUUGAACCAGAUCUAA